AAAUGGGCCACAGAUUAGUUUCAUAACAAGAUGACCACUGAUCAAUCCACGGUGGUGAUGAUGGUCUUUCUUUUGUUCUCUGUGUGUACAAGGCAUUUUUCUUAGUACUGUAGAUCAGGUCAUUUUAACGACAAGGUAUAGGCGUGUGUCGUUUGUGUUCAUAUGUGGCCCAGUGAUGACCUUAUCUUCACCCACUGACUGCAGGCAUUUACCCCAUCAACGUACAGGACCCCAACAAGGGAUUUAAGUGGUAGAAGAUGGAUAGAUGAACAUCUUGACUUUAAAAAGUGCAAAUCUUCAAGACAUUGUCAUCUGACCUGGGGGCCUUCUGAAAACCAAUUUUCCAGCUGAUAUUAAAUAAACAGCACUAAUUCUUUUAUAAAUGACUAUGUGCUCAUAAAUCCAUGACUUAUUUCUUGUAUUUCUAUUCCUAUGUCUUCCAAUGGAAGUCGAAUGUGAAAUGUUUUAUAUCAGCUCUUUAACAUUUGGGGUUUAUUUGUUUUUUAUGCCAAAUAUCGCGAGGAAUCAACCAUUCUCUCCCACCAAAACGUGACUUGUGUGUGGGUGCGUGACGCUGCGUGGGGGUGUUCGCCUGAUGUCAUUUGGCAGAAAAGGAGGCUGAGCUAACGGUGGGCAUAAGGCUGAAAAGCACAACAAUAACGCCGUUGCUUCACAAUUUUUACUGAGACUCAACCUAUCCUUUUUGGAAUUAAAAACCCGCAGUCUGACUCCCUGCUGCACAUCGGACAGAAGAAGGAGGUGUUGAGGGAGGAGGAGGAGGAGGAGAAGCUAACGGACUGGAAGUACCAGAUGCUAUUCCAGCGGCGGAGGACGGAUAAACUAGGGACGGUGAUGGGUUCUCGUUUUCCUCACGGGUAAUUGUGGAAACAUUUGUUGGAAAAUAGAGAAGCCCUGAAUCUUAAAAGCGAGCGGGCGUUGUAUUCUUCUUCUUCUGUGCCUCCGCUCCGGUGACAUUUUCUCUGAAAUGGUAACGCAGCCUCGGUGUUGGCCGUCGAGCAGCUUCUGGGCCGCAGCUCGGCUGACCGAGCCCGAAUCUGGGAAGUAGCUAGUUAGCUAGCUGUCCGCUAGCCGCAGCUGUGCCUGAUGCUGCUGUCGCUGGUGCGGCUGUUGCUGCUGCUACACGGAACCGACAGACAGCACGGUGUCGAGGCUUGGCGCUGAGAGAGCCUUUGUUUCACAUUCCUGGACUACAAUGGGCGUCUGAGAUGUGAUGCUUUUGUGUUUCGUGUUUGAGCCUUUCGUAGCUGGAGGCUCUCGCCUGCUCGACGCUAAGGGGCUAACGUCGCUGCAAAAUGCACAGCGGAACCACAACAGCAGGCUCCUGCGUAAGGGGGCGAGGUUGGACAGAUAACAGCCCAGCUUGUGGCUCCCAACUCCCGGGAUCACGCUUGGACAACGGCCGACCUCCACCGCUCUCAUCGAUCACCGCGUUAUCACCCGGCGACAUGGAUAAACUAACGAUCAUUUCAGGCUGCCUGUUUCUGGCAGCAGAUAUUUUUGCAAUAGCCAGUAUUGCAAACCCAGACUGGAUCAACACUGGUGAAUCAGCAGGUGCCCUCACAGUGGGUCUAGUCAGGCAAUGCCAGACCAUCCACGGACGAGACAGGACCUGCAUCCCACCACGGCUGCCCCCGGAGUGGGUCACCACCCUUUUCUUCAUCAUCAUGGGCAUCAUCUCCCUCACUGUCACCUGUGGACUGCUCGUGGCAUCGCACUGGCGCAGAGAGGCGACAAAAUACGCCCGCUGGAUCGCCUUCACUGGCAUGAUCCUCUUCUGUAUGGCGGCGCUCAUCUUCCCUAUAGGCUUCUACAUCAACGAGGUGGGGGGUCAGCCGUACAAGCUGCCCAACAACACGGUGGUCGGCUCCUCGUACGUCCUGUUUGUGCUCUCCAUCUUCUUCACCAUAGUGGGAUUGCUGUUCGCAGGCAAAGUUUGCCUCCCGGGCUGAGGACUGGACCGUGUCCGCCUCUGGACUGACUCAGGAGGCUGUUGAAGAUUUUACCGGGAAUUGCAAAAAAAAACACACAAUGACUGAAAAUCAAAGACGACAAACUCUUGACAGGAAGCCUGAAACGGGGAGUUUUUUUGCUCAUGUCAUGGGAAUGUGGCGCCUCCGAGUACAUACCUACUUUGAUAUGGAAACAAAGUAAUGAACAAAACACUACAGGGGACAUGGGCUAACAGAGGCGGUGGGUGAGAUAGAGGGCAGCUGAGACCGCCGCAGCCCUCUGGUAUAAAGUGUAACCGUCUCUCUCUGCCUCCCUCUAUUCUGGUUCGGGCAGAAAGGCCGUUUAAUGUGCCUCUGUCAUGGCAACGGUGACCACGAUGCUGGCGCACAUUACCCGAGGACCACUACAGCCACUUCUCUACUUGUCUGCCCACUCCGCCGCUCUCAGCACACAUCUGCACCAUCACCACCGACCCGUUGCUAUUUUUGGCUCCUCUUAGCUAUUUCAGUUGUGUGUUUUUCUGUUGUUGUACAUUUUGUUUGUUUUUGUUUUAUAAUUCUUCCUGCCUCCUUUUCACUGAAGUAGAGUGAGCGCAACUGAGGUUUACUGAACCAAACCGUUGAGGGAUUUUUGGCAGGACGGUCUCUGCCCACUUGGCUUCAGAGCGAGGGUUUAUUCUCUCCUGCUGCACCGUCACACAGUCUCAGGUGUGUGCACUGGAGACAGCAGCUGUGGUCCAGCUCUCAGCUUGAAACACAGGCUGCUGUGGACGAAAGGUCGGUGCUGGUGAGCCGCCUCUCUGUCCUCACCCGACUCCAGCCCAGGAGCAGGUGGCAGCGAGAGAUGACCGGUGGGCAGCAGAAUGGGUCAAGUACAAUUAAGGAGAAUGCCACUCAAUGUGAGACAUUACAUACAAUAUUUACACUUGCAGGCCGCUUCAAUAGCAACUAUCUAAUCAGCCAAUCACAUGGCAGUAACUACCAGGCUUUAUGUAUAAAACUAGAUGACUAAAAUAAGCUCUAACACAUGAUCUGCCAGACACACGCUUCUAGUCAAGUGUCUGCCUGAAUCAGUCAGCAGCACAGAGAACUAUGCACUUUUUGCACAGUCACAAAAGCAUUAAAAGCUAUUGGGCAACACCUUGGUGCAGUACAUUUUGGCUCCUGCAGGACUCCAGAACCAGAAGUUCUGCUGAUGUUGCCUACCAGCCAGCAACAUUUUAUCUUGAUAGCCAACAUCGAAACAACACUAACAAUAAAUGGGUGUCAGCUGAUUAGGUUUGCCGUUGUAGUAGCGAGCGAGCAAGAUGCUGUCCUUGCUCAGGCACAGAGGCGUAUGUAAUCAUCUGGCGACACUGCUUCAAAAAAGUGGCGUGUCAAGUACUGUAGAGCGCCAAGACCCUAAGACUCCUGCUUUUUUUAGAGUGUUGUGUCAGCCCAGCAGGAGGGUUUAGCUUGCUUGGUAACAUGUCACUGUGGUCAUGUCACUGUCUUCGAUUGACAAAAGACUCUGAGGUUAAUUAGCGCUGUGCUGGAUCACGUUGAGACUGACAUCCCAAGGGAAGUGAUCUUACAUAAUAAAAAGAAGGUAGAAAAUGAGUAAGUGUUAAGUGUUCUUCCAGUCGACAGGAUGGUUUACUGGAGAACAUUCUCUAAUCUUUAAAACACUAAGAAAACGUCAGCAGCAUUAAUACACCCAGUUAUGUCAUCUGAAUAUUUGUUUGUAAAGAGAAGUCUGUUAAGCUCCUCUACCAUAGCCCACUGGGUAGAUCCUCUUCUACUGCAUUAAUCUCCCUGUGACAUCAUCCUGCUGCGGUGUGAUUGGCUGGUCAGAUAUUUGAGACAGAACGCAGAAUUAUUUUUAAUGUUUUUGUCUGUAACGAAGUAACUGUGAAUUUAAAAGGACACAAUCCAAUCCAAUGUAAAUGUUACAUUAAGUUGAACCCACACAUAACAGCAAUAAAUAGAGAGGAUGAAAUAACGACAGUGAAAAAUGUGAAAAUAUGGUCAGAGUUGAUGGUAUUCUCCUUUAGUGUAUGAUGGGAAGGACAUGAGCCAGGAGCAUGAGCAUAUCUGUUGUUUUGUUUUUGUUUUGUUUUUCUAAUACAGUGAAGGCACUGGGACUGCAGGUCAGGUCCAUGCGUGGGGCUGGGCCUCAGUGUGCUGCUCUCAAUGUCUGUGGAUGGAACACACAUGCAAAUACACUCCACCUUAUCCAUAAUUAUUUCAGGCAGUAUUCCGGCGUAUUGUCAGUAAAAUGAAAUACUGAUUUUAGAAAUCAUUGAUAAACCUGAUCAAAAUGUAAAAAAAACAAAACAAACUAAAACACGGCCUAUAGAACAAACCCGUAAAAUGUUCAAGAAUAAAAAUGUCGGUAACAGCACACAGCUCUGUGAUCAACUAGUCUGGGGUAAUACUGCCACAGUCUUAUUAGAAAGCAGAUGUUGCAUUACAUCUGUAAUGAUAUUGUGAGCACAUUUAAAAGACUCGUGUCAUUAGGGUUUGUUUAUUUUAUUUCAUUUUUUUACUUCUGGGCUAUGUGUGGUGGAAAAUACUGCACAUCCACUUCAUCAAAAUGACAGUACUCAGUAUUAGAGUUCCUACGUCAGCAUACAAGCAGCUCACAUUUCAGAUGCUAUAAAUGUUUGUGCUACAUAUCAAGUAAAAAACAAAAUCAUAAAGCAGGAUUAUUUUGGCAAAAUUAUCAGUUAUUCCUGUUAAUAAUUUCUGCUCCAGUCACUGAACCAAAAAAAAAAUUCUUCUCAUCAACAUAAAAAUUCUCACUUAACUCAUUACCCGUAUUCAGCAGUUGUGUUCAGGGUGUGUGUGUGUUCAGUCAGUCACAGACUUCUGAGUUGCUGAGUCUUAAGACUUCUCGUUUGUACUGUUUCCUGCUCAGCUUUUCUUACUCUGUCUGACGGUGUAUUUUAAAUGAUUUGUGCACUCUGCGUUGCCCUGUCUUUGGGCGGUUUCCUUAUUGGGCCAUGACAUGUUUUUGUUGAAUAAUGUACAGACACAACAGAAAAGACAGGAUGUCAGUAUUAGAAAGCACUGUGCAUUCAGCAGUAUAGGUAACAGAAGUAGAAGCACCACAAAUGUAUAAAAAAGAGAACUUCUUACCUCAUUGUUUUUGUUUCUGUUUUUUUUUUUUCUCAAAUGGUGGCAAUGUGUGCCGUCUAAUUUGUCUCAUGCCUUGAUCAGAUGUCUACACAUAAAGCCUAUGAUCAUAGGGAAUUAUUUAUCACUGAAUAAAAAGAUGUAAAAACAA